AUGAUGGUUGUUAACUACCGGCGUGGCUCGUCCGGUGGCGGGAAUUCUGACGACCAAUCAGAACCUCCGGACGAGGCACUAAGCACCAAUAGAAACUCGGGCAAAGAAAGAGACUGUAGGAAAGAAUUAGAAGAAUUGAAGAAAGACUUGACUGUUCUUCAGUUUCAUCAGUCAUUCAUCUGUUCAUCUGUUCAUCAGUCCUCGUCUGUCUUGAAUCAAACUAACACCUGCACGCCUCUACACCAAGUGAAUCAAACUAACACCUGCACACCUCUACACCAAGUGAAUCAAACUAACACCUGCACACCUCUACACCAAGUGAAUCAAACUAACACCUGCACACCUCUACACCAAGUGCAUCAAACUAACACCUGCACGCCUCUACACCAAGUGCAUCAAACUAACACCUGCACACCUCUACACCAAGUGCAUCAAACUAACACCUGCACACCUCUACACCAAGUGCAUCAAACUAACACCUGCACGCCUCUACACCAAGUGCAUCAAACUAACACCUGCACGCCUCUACACCAAGUGAAUCAAACCAACACCUGCACGCCUCUACACCAAGUGAAUCAAACCAACACCUGCACGCCUCUACACCAAGUGAAUCAAACCAACACCUACACGCCUCUACACCAAGUGAAUCAAACCAACACCUACACGCCUCUACACCAAGUGAAUCAAACCAACACCUACACGCCUCUACACCAAGUGAAUCAAACCAACACCUACACACCUCUACACCAAGUGCAUCAAACUAACACCUGCACACCUCUACACCAAGUGAAUCAAACCAACACCUGCACGCCUCUACACCAAGUGAAUCAAACUAACACCUGCACACCUCUACACCAAGUGCAUCAAACUAACACCUGCACACCUCUACACCAAGUGCAUCAAACUAACACCUGCACACCUCUACACCAAGUGCAUCAAACUAACACCUACACGCCUCUACACCAAGUGAAUCAAACCAACACCUGCACACCUCUACACCAAGUGCAUCAAACUAACACCUGCACACCUCUACACCAAGUGCAUCAAACUAACACCUACACGCCUCUACACCAAGUGAAUCAAACCAACACCUGCACACCUCUACACCAAGUGCAUCAAACUAACACCUGCACACCUCUACACCAAGUGCAUCAAACUAACACCUGCACGCCUCUACACCAAGUGCAUCAAACUAACACCUACACGCCUCUACACCAAGUGAAUCAAACUAACACCUGCACGCCUCUACACCAAGUGAAUCAAACUAACACCUACACGCCUCUACACCAAGUGCAUCAAACCAACACCUGCACGCCUCUACACCAAGUGAAUCAAACUAACACCUGCACGCCUCUACACCAAGUGAAUCAAACUAACACCUGCACGCCUCUACACCAAGUGAAUCAAACUAACACCUGCACGCCUCUACACCAAGUGAAUCAAACCAACACCUACACGCCUCUACACCAAGUGAAUCAAACUAACACCUACACUCCUCUACACCAAGUGAAUCAAACCAACACCUACACUCCUCUACACCAAAGGUCAGGUCAAAGGCCAACAAAGGUCAAGAUGGAUAAGAUCCAGACCCAGUCAAGAGGUGUUCAAGGGCCAGCCAAAGAUCGGUCAAAGUGUGCUGAAGACCCAGUCAAGUGCUGGACAAGGUCCAGCUAG